AUGUUUUCAAACAUAUUUAUCACUAUAAGUGCUAUUACGCUGUCAAUUGAUUUUUCAUCAUGUGCUAAUUAUGAAAGAGACAUUAUUGUAGAUCAUCAAUUAAACUUCAAUCGUAGAUCUUUUAUUAAGUUUACGGAUGAGGAAAAAUUGAUAUCAUAUUUGUCAUCUUUUGGAGGUAGUCCAAAUUCAGAAGAGUCAAUGAAACAUAUGAUUUAUAAAAGAGCUUCAGGUCGAAUAAAGAAAGUUAAGAAAAACUCAUCAAACAAUUUUUCAAGCACCUUAGAGUCGAAUAAAAAGCAGCAAAAUGAUGUUCCAAAAAAUUUUACUUCUCCAAAACAUUUGGUAAAGUUUGAGCUUAAAGAUGCGAAAUAUAGUGAGGAAUACGAACAUUUGAAAAAGAGUAGAAAAUUGCGGGCUAAAAGAUCAUCAGAUAAUGACACAAAUGCUAAAACUAGAAAGGAAAAACAUCUUAUGAAGGAUAUGUUUGUACAGCCAGAAGAAUUUUUUAAAUUCGUUUAUACAGAUGCAAUAAUUGCAGCUUCAUCAAAGCUUUCUUUGGAUGAUAAAGUAUCAAAGAGUGAAAAGAAAAUAAAAAGGCAAGUUAGUUCCAUCGAUUCCACAACAAGUGAUACUAGGAAAAUAAAAAUUAUACACCCAUUAUCAUCUACUUCCUGCACUAAACAUGUUUCAUUUGAUGAAUUGCCAUCAAAGAUACAAAAAGUAGUUGAAAGUGCAAUCAGUGAUGCAAAAUUAAAAGGAAAAGCAAAUGAUGGAGACUAUUUGAAGUUUUAUUAUGGUGAUAAAAUUAUAAAAGUGCCAGUUUCAUUAUCAAAAUAUAUUUCUUCUAAAAUGGAAAAGCCGUCAAAGGGACUUUCAGAUUAUUAUACAAGAGUAAAAGUUCAAAAAUUUCAAAAUGAAGAUAUAGUAAUAGACCCACCUUUUUUGCCAGUUACAAAAAAUUCAUUCUCAAAAUAUCAAUCAAUUGUAAAAUAUGAGACUACACCAUACAUAUCAGAAAAGGCGCAAUCUAAUUCAAACUUUGUAGCUCUCAAAGAAAAUCCAAUAACGAAAAUUGAGAAAGAGCCUGCAAAAAAAUCAAAUUAUUUUUAUUUAAAUAAGGAUGAAAAAUUAUCAAGUCCUAUCUCUUUUGAUAGCUUCUCAAAAUCACGUGAAAAAGAGAUUGAUCAUAAAAAAAUUAUUUUUCCAUCAACUUCUAAAGAUAUCGUCCGAGAAGCGAUUCCAAUAACGGAAGAUUUCAAUGAAAGUAAAUUUAAUAUGCCAAUUUAUCCAACAAGUUAUGUGGAAUAUGAGGAUAAUUUUACUAAAAAACCUUUAGAUUUUCAUGAAGACAAAAAUUAUGCUUUUGGCUAUCAUGUGUCAGAUUUUCAUUCAGGAAAUAACUUUGGACAUACUCAAACAAAAAAUAAUAAAGAGAUAAAAGGAGAAUAUUCGAUCUUAAUGGCAGAUGGAAGAGUUCAGAUUACAAAGUAUUUCGCUGAUGAUACUGGCUUUCAUGCAGACGUUUCGUACCAAAACGUUCAUUAA